UUAUUAUUGACUUCUACAAAAAGGACGUCCUCUCCCCCCGUCGAGUGCUUCACUGGCAGCUACAGGACCAACGAGCAGCCGCAAGCUGCGGUAGCGACGAGAGCUGAGCCCGGGCCAGACCUUCUACUUACUGACAGCACGAGCUCUGCCGCCCUGCAGCGUUCAAUCGCAUUCUGCAAUUUCCGGCGUCGAGAUAAAGUCGGAGACGCUCGCUAUUCACCCAAGCGCUUGCGCGAUUGCGAUGCUCACCCCAAUCUUUACCUGCCUAUCGCUUCAAUGUAGACACAGACCAGGCCAUGUUCGCGUGUAAGGUACCAUCGGGUCUACAAGAAGACGGCGGGUCACUCGUGGACAAGGAAGCGACCGCGCUACUUAGCGUUUACGGUGGCAAGUCCCGCUGAAUAGUGACACCUUGCGCUAUAUAAUCUUACAGGUUCGCCUUUGUCUACUAACGCGUCCUAUCCGAUCGGCCCAAAUCAAUGCCAAGAUGUACUGCACGACAAACACGUCGGUCUAGCUCAAGUCGGCUGCCAGUCUGGUCCUGCGGCAACUAUAUCAAGCGCCUGCGAGAGUCACGGACAAGCAAUCGGCUGUAGGACCAAGUGGGUACAGCUACCAGCAGCUCGUACAGCUCUGAAGGUGGCGGAGCCGAUUUCGGUAUCCAAGAUCUUGGGCUGCCACAUCUCCGGCGGGAGGUCGUCAAUAUGCAGCAGUGUCAGCUCGAGACAAUGCAAGCGCUUCAGUCACUACACCGACACUGUAACAUCCAUGUCGAUAUGUAGGCAGCAAGGGACCAAGUCAAGGUCCAGUGGAGCAGCGCCGUUUCUAUGAUGCCAGGACAGUGUCGGCAAACCACGAGUCAGUGGAGCAGCAACUUUCUCAAAGCAAGGUGCUACCACCCAUCCGUUAUGGACGUGUGCUGUCAGGACAGGCGCCGAGUCUGCAACCAGUCCAGAAGACUGCAAGAAGAUCGCUUUCUCGCGCCGUGCAUCAGUUACUGUACGUCAGUGUGCUGUGCUCGGCACUCAAAACCUCGAAGUCGGCAAGGACGGCGCGUGGAAGUAGCUGAUGCGCGCCAGACAUUUACAACGGCGGGUGCUGUGGCUUGAUAGUGUAACGGAGCUGCGUCCG